AUGGACUUCCUUCGAUCCACCUCGGACGCCGCGUCCCAGUCUUUAUCUUCUGAGCUCUCAUAUUCUGAGUUCUCGUCAAUUGAAUCUAAAUCUGAGGAUCCUCUUGCGCAACUGGCGAAGGAAGUGAAGCAGCAGCCAUUCACCACCAACAAGAGCUUACGAAAUUCCUUGGAACGCCGUCAACGAGCGCUUCAGCAAGACCAAACUCAGGAUCAGUACCUCGUCUUCACGUCUGUCCCCCCGGCGCAAUCUUCUAGACUGAGUGAUGAUGGGUCGCGAACAAGCAAGUACUGUCGAUUCUUUUACAACGUAGAAACGGGAGUCUUGAUCGCGAAAGUCAUGCCGAACCCUGCACACGAACUUGCAAUAAGAUCAUUUGAUGAGCUGAUUUCUGCCGAGCUGCGUACGAUGAACGUCCAUCGUGACGUAAGGCCUGUCGGCUCGACAACAGUUACGGUUGGAAAUUGGAAAAAGGAGGCUGACUGCAGCUGGGCUCCGGCUUCGGCAAUUGCAAGGCCGAGUUUUGUGGUAGAGGUAGGAUUGUCUGAGUCUGCGCGACAACUUUCGCUUGAUGCGUACGGUUGGCUUGUGACUUACUCCUCAUCUGUGAAACUUGUGAUUACGAUCAACAUCAACCGCAAGGAUCCCGAGAUCAUCUUACACCGAUGGGAACUUGUUCCCCGAGGAUAUGGCGUCCUUACAAGGUCAUCCCUUUCAGCGUGUCGUACUGCAUUCCUUAAAUUAUCUCGAACGAAUAACACAACAUCUGUUACCGGAGAGUCCUACAUGAAUGGCACAACUACGACUACUACACAGCUAGAUCUACCCUUCGACAAGAUUGUUGGCCGUCCUCCUCACCAGCCCCUAGAGAGAGACUUCGUGAUACCCGGGCAAGAGCUGAGAACUUUUGCCGAGGAUAUCUGGAGUGCGCAGAGUUUCCUAUAA